AUGCUCUCGAACCUGUGGAUCAAAGCAUUCAGCAGUUAGAGUGGUUCGUCACGAAAGCUAGUGAUGUGGUUGUGGAGUGGAACCCUCUUGCAUACGUGAACGUAAAUUUUGUAUAGUUGAAUGUUUUAAAAAAAGAAACGAAAACUGCUGUUCCAAAACGAAACUUUCAGUUAUGGAUACGAUAUUUUCCCGUCAGUGGAAUCUCAAACUGUGUUUAAUUUUAGUGUACCUUUGGAGUACUGUGCUUAAUUCUUAUUCACAAGAAACCACAUGCUCUCCGGAAAAUUUUCGGUGUUUAAAUGGCAGGUGUAUUCCUAGGCGGUGGGUGUGUGAUUAUCAAAGAGACUGUGAAGAAGGGGAAGAUGAACACCAAUCAUGUUCGCCUCCUCAGUGCAAUCCUAAUCAAUUUUCAUGUGGCCAUUAUGUUUUUAAUCAAUCCUAUUGUAUACCAAGGUAUUGGAGGUGUGACAGGGUCGUAGAUUGCGUGGACGGCACCGAUGAAGGCGAAACAUGCAAUUACAGAAACUGUCUGCCAACCGAUCACAAAUGUGGUAGUGGACUGUGUAUUCCUAUUGAAAAGAGAUGUGAUCAUUACUAUGAUUGCAGGGACGAAAGUGAUGAAUCUGAUGAAUUAUGUAAAAGCAAUACCACAAAAUGUAGACUAAAUGAAUUUCGGUGUGCGAAUGGUGCGAAGUGUAUUGAUGAGAGUAAGAAAUGUGACCAUUGGAAUGAUUGUGGUGAUAAUUCUGAUGAAGCUGAAUGUGAAUUUCCUCCUUGUAACUCUGGGCAAUUCCGUUGCACAAAUGCUAUCUGUAUUCCUAUGAGGUGGCGAUGUGAUGGACAUGCUGAUUGUACAGACCAUUCUGAUGAAGUCAAUUGCACUUUGAUAUCGUGUCCCGAUUCAAGAUUUUUGUGUCCAGCUGAGAAAAAAUGUAUUGAUAAGAAAAAGCUGUGCGAUGGUGUGCGUGAUUGUGAUGAUGGUGCUGAUGAAAAACAUGCAUGUUCAUCACAAUUGUGUGCGUCUUUGCGAUGCGAGUAUGCAUGUCGUGCAUCAUUAGAAGGAGGUGAAUGCUAUUGUGGACCUGGUAUGAAAGUAGAUCCAACUAAUUCUCAAAAAUGUGUAGAUUUAAAUGAAUGUCUCGAAUGGGGUUACUGUGAACAAGUUUGUUUUAAUACUGUGGGAAGUUACAUUUGUUCCUGUGUUGCUGAUUAUACUCUUGUACCACCAAGACAUUGCAGGGCUCGAAACAGCUCUGCAAUGAGACUCCUUUUUACUCACCAUAGUGCCAUUUACAAAGUAAAUUCUGAAGGUUCAUUGUUGGAAUUAGUGACAAAUACUACUGCUGCUAGUGGACUGGAUUUUCAUUACCAAAAGAAUUUAUUAUUCUGGUCAGAUACUGUGACUCGAAAAAUUUAUUCCAUUAAACUUGAUAAUUGGAGAGACGCUGAACAUAUUCCUGAUUUUAAUGUUUCUUUUCCUUGGAGUCCAACAGCAUUUGCAAUCGAUUGGAUUGGAAACAAACUUUAUGUUGUUGAUGCAAUUGGACAAAAAAUUGAUGUAAUGGAAUUGGAUGGAAGUCGACACACUAUACUUAUUAGCCGAAAUUUGUCAUCUCCAUUAGAUAUUGCUUUGGACCCACACUUAGGAUUAAUGUUUUUUAGUGACACUGACAAUAUAGAUCGCGCUAAUAUGGAUGGUACAAUUAGAGUGACAAUAGUGAGCAAUUUCAUCUAUAAAGCAUCUGGAUUAACACUUGAUUAUGUGGCAAAGAGAUUGUUUUGGUGCGAUUCUCAACUUGAUCAAAUAGUUGCAUGUAAUUAUGAUGGCAGUGGAAGAACUUCAAUCAUCCGGGGAAGCACUCGUGUUCCAUCUCCAAGCAAACUAACAAUGUUUGAAAAUUUUAUUUAUUGGACUGAUAGUACUCGACAAGGCGUCUUGAAAACAGAUCUGUAUAAUAAUUCUCAGACUGUUGAGACGAUUUAUAGAGACCGAUCAUUGCUGAAAGAACCCAAAGCAAUCAAGGCAUACCAUUAUCUACGUCAACCUGUUGUUGUGAACCCAUGUUAUUUUAGCAAUGGUGGAUGUGAACACAUGUGCCUUCUGACACGUUCUGCUGAUAGUUUUAAUCUUGGUUACCGUUGCGUCUGUAGCAUUGGCUAUGAAAUAUCACAAAAUGAAAAAACUUGUAGAAAGGUUGAAGAAUUUCUGUUGUAUGCUCAGCAGAAGUUUGUACGUGGAGUGGUACUGCAUCCUGUAGCUAAUGGAUUUCCUGAUGCAAUGAUUCCUAUUGUUAGUAAAAGUGCCAGAUUUGUGGGUCUUGAUUUUGAUGCACAGCAAGGGUUCAUAUACUAUUCUGAUGUCAUCUUGGAUGUCAUUUAUCGUAUAAAUGUUGAUGGAACAGGACAAACAAAUGUUUUAGCUUCACAGAAUGAAGGAGUAGAAGGUUUGGCUUUAGACUGGGUAUCAAACAAUUUGUAUUAUAUUGACAGCCGAAAGGGAACUCUGAAUGUGAUAAGCACAUUGAAUUUCCAAUAUCGCAGGACACUGUUAAGGAAUCUUAAGAGACCUCGAGCUAUUGUUGUUCAUCCAAACAAAGGAUACGUCUUCUAUUCAGAAUGGGACCGUCCAGCUAAUAUCAGCAGAGCUCAUUUAGAUGGUUCUCAUUUGAUGGUUUUCAGAGGUGUUCUUCUUGGUUGGCCAAAUGGCUUGGCUAUAGAUUAUCAAAAAGAUCGCCUGUACUGGUGUGAUGCUCUGUUGGAUCACAUUCAGCAUGCAGAUCUGGACGGAAAUGAUGUACAAACUAUAACAUCACCAAGAAUUAAACAUCCUUUCUCUCUAGUCAUUCACCAUAACUUCUUAUAUGUAACUGAUUGGAGGCUUGAUGCUAUUUUGAGAAUGGACAAAGAAACUGGUGUUGGAGAAGAAAUAGUUGCCAGUGUUGAAGAAGGCAGCCGUUUAUAUGGCAUUAAAGUUUUUAGUCGAGAAAACCAAGCCAUUGAUCAUCGCCAUCCAUGUUACAACAAUAAUGGCAACUGCCAGAAAUUCUGCUUUCCAAUACCAACUAAUAACAGUAAUGGUCCUGGACUGAAAGCUUCAUGUGGCUGUCCAUAUGGGGAAAGAUUAGCUGAAGACCAUCGAACAUGUCAACCGGACCCUGAUGCUGAACCACCUGUUCAAGCAUGUCCAAAUUCCUGGGAUUUCACUUGUGACAAUCAGCGUUGCAUUCCUAAAACAUGGGUUUGUGAUGGAGAUGAUGAUUGCUUGGAUAAUUCUGAUGAAAUGCAAAAUUGCUCAAAAAGUACCUGUGGACCCCGUGAAUUUGCAUGUGCUGGAGGCAGAUGCAUACCUCAAUCAUUUAGAUGCGAUUCUGAUAAUGACUGUGGUGAUUAUUCAGAUGAAAUGGGAUGUGUGAAUGUUACAUGUGAAGCAACAGAAUUUCCAUGUGAAAAUGGAAGGUGUAUACCCAAAUCAUGGAAGUGUGAUUCUGAAAAUGAUUGUGGUGAUGGUUCAGAUGAAGGAGACUUUUGUACUGAGAAAACAUGUGCUUACUACCAAUUCACCUGUCCUGGAUCGGGCCAUUGCAUACCACAAAGCUGGGUAUGUGAUGGUGAUAACGAUUGUUUUGAUCAAGCUGAUGAACAAAGUUGUCCUCCAAUAUCAUGUACUAGCUCCCAAUUCCAAUGUGCCAAUCUAAAACAAUGUAUACACGAGAGUUACCAUUGUGAUGGAGUAUCAGACUGUCAAGAUGGAUCGGAUGAAGUUAAUUGUCCCUCUAGGGCUCCAGACCAGUGUGAUCAUGAGAAAACAUUUCAGUGUAGAACAUCUCGUAUUUGUAUACCUAAGUCUUGGUAUUGUGAUGGAAAUGCUGAUUGUGAAGACGGAAGUGAUGAACCAAGCUCGUGUGGUGAAAUAGAAUGUCCUCCUAAUCACUUUAAGUGCAAUAAUACUCGCUGUGUGUUUAAAUCCUGGAUAUGUGACGGAGCUGAUGAUUGUGGAGAUGGUUCUGAUGAAGAUCAUCGACAUGCCUGUGGUCCUGCUGUUGAAGGAUGUCCGAGUGGGGAAUGGCCAUGUCCAGGAGUUACAGGGCGUUGUAUACCUUUGACCAAAGUAUGUGAUGAAAAAUCAGACUGUCCUGAAAGCACCGAUGAAGGACCUGGCUGCACUCUAGAAACUUGCUCUACCAAAAAUAUGGGCUGCACACAUAAUUGUUCAGAGACACCAUCAGGACCCAUUUGUCUUUGUCCACAAGGGAAAGUAUUGAAUGAUACUAAAACAUGUAUUGAUUUUGAUGAGUGUGCUACUCCUGGAUCUUGUAGUCAGCAGUGCAUUAAUACCAAAGGUUCAUUCAAAUGUCAAUGUGCAGAUGGAUACAUACUAACUUCUGAUCGGCAUACCUGCAAAGCAUUAAAUUGGACAAGUGCUUAUUUGGUUAUUUCCAAUCGACGGUCCAUAUUAGUUGCCAAUUUGAACACAACAACAUUAGAACGAGUCCCAGUUAGAGUUGAAAAUGUUGUAGCUACUGCUUCUGAAAUGUCAACUGGCACAAUUUAUUGGUCAGAUAUGGUCUUAAAGAAAAUAUUCCGACUGAAGAAAGGUGGAGAACCUGAAAUUAUAGUUGGAAGUGGUCUGGAUUUAGUUGAAGGCCUUGCUGUUGACUGGGUUGGUAAAAAUUUGUAUUGGGUAGAUUCUAGACUGAAAACUGUUGAUGUUUCAACAUUAAAUGGAGAGCAUCAUAUGGUUUUACUGAAUGAUAAUAUCAGCCAACCAAGAGGUCUCUCCAUUGAUCCCAGUGAAGGAGCUCGUAUUAUGUUUUGGACUGAUUGGGGUGAGAAUCCAAGAAUUGAAAGCUGUGGUAUGGAUGGCACCCUAAGGCGUGUCAUAGUUCAGACAAAAAUAUUUUGGCCUAAUGGACUCACGAUAGAUAUUCCUAAUAAGCGUGUUUACUUUGCUGAUAGUAAAUUGGAUUAUAUAGAUUUCUGUAACUAUGAUGGUUCUGGUCGCCACCAAGUUUUGGCUAAAAAUCAUUAUCUCCUACAUCCUCAUUCGCUUACUAUUUUUGAAGAUACUCUAUAUUGGACAGAUCGACAGUUAAACAGAGUUUUGUCUUGCCAUAAGUAUAAGGGAGUUAAUCAAACUGUAGUGUCUCAUCUAGUCAGCCAACCUCUUGGUAUUCAUGUUAGUCAUCCUGUGCUCCAACCUCCCUCUGUUAAUCCUUGUGCAAAUGCCACAUGCAGCCAUUUGUGUCUACUAUCACCGUCACAUUCUUCUGGUUAUACUUGUAAAUGUCCACCUGGAUUUGCAAGAGACACUAAAACAGCUGAAGGCAAUUGUGUUCCAGUGGACAAUCCUUACUUAAUGGUGAUGCGGUCUUCUCAGUUGGUUGCCAUGGGCUUAAAUCCCAAUGAUAAAACUUCUGGCUUCUUUACUCCUGUUAUUGGUAUAGAAAAUGGUUAUGAUUUUGAUUAUGAUAAGAAGGAAGGGAUAAUUUAUUACAUACAGCUAGAAGAGGAUGAUAAGGAAAAUGGAACAAUAUACAAAGUGUCAUUAUCUGGUGGAAAUCAAACCAAGUUUUUACCAGAAGCUUUUGUUGGGGCUCCUUAUAUUUUGGCUUUUGACUGGAUUGGUAGAAAUCUUUUUGUUGGAAACAGGAAAGCUUCAAAUUUUGAAGUAGUCAAAGUAGAUGGUGAACAAGACUUCAGAAGAGUAAUUUUGAGCAAUGAUGGAACUGAGUAUGGAGUUGCAAGACCAAAAGCAAUGACUUUAGACCCGGAAGGAGGCAUGCUUUAUUGGCUUGAUGAAGGAGGAUUUGGAGUUAACGCUAAGCUUGGUGCUGUACAGAUGGAUGGAAAUAAUUCCCACAUUCUUUUAAAAGAUGGUAUAAACUAUGUGGAAUCUCUCACUAUAGACUUGUUUAAUAAACGCUUAUAUUGGAGUCAAAGAUCAGAUGCUGUGAUUUACAGUAUAUCAACCGAAGGAAAGGACAAGAAAACUGUUGUAUCAAGUGGUAUUUCAAAACCUUUGGGUCUUACUGUGUACAACAACAAACUCUAUUACUUAGAUCCUAUAUUUGAAGUUGUUCAGCGCGUUGACUUACCAGAUGGUAAUAAUCCUGUUACUCUUGAAAGCAAUGCAUUGGGUCUAAUAAAUAUGAAAGUUUACAGCAAAAAACCAUCUCCUGAGAAUCAUCAGUGCAAUAAAAAUAAUGGAGGUUGCCAGCAGUUAUGCAUUCCACUUGCCAAUAAUAAACGUCGAUGUAUGUGUGGCACUGGAUACCAGUCUGAUGGAGAAACGGGUUGCAAAGCAUAUCAGUCGUUUGCUAUUGUUUCUGAAUUAGAAAAAGCCAGAGGAUUCAGUUUAGAAGAUCACAGUGAAGCUAUGAGUCCUAUUUCUGGUCCAGGUCAUAACAUUCUUCAUUUGGAUAUACAUUAUGCUGAAAAUCAUAUUUACUGGGUUGAAUUCAACCAAGGAGAGAAAAAUGGAAUAUAUCGUGUUAAACCCGAUGGAACUGGUCUUGAACAUAUCAUUUCUGAUGGAAUUGGAAGCAAUGGUAUUAGAGGACUAGCUGUGGAUUGGAUUGCUGGAAAUCUAUACUUCACUAAUGUGUUUCCUCACGAGACAUUCAUUGAGGUUUCAUGGCUUGAUGGCUCCAAGCGAAUGGUUCUUUUGAAAACCACUAGGGACUCUCCCAGAGAGGUUGCUGUUAAUCCAAUUAAAAGAUAUCUGUAUUGGAUUGAUUAUGGACAGUAUCCCAAAAUUGAAAAAGCUUUCUUAGAUGGAACUAAUCGUGUGCCUAUUGUGGUGACUCAAAUCAGUAGUCCAAGAGAUCUAACUAUUGAUAUUGAAACGCAUGAUGUUUAUUGGGUAGAUUCUAAAGAAGAUGCUAUACAGCGUGUAACCUAUGAUGGACAUAUGAGACAAUAUGUCUAUAGAAAUUAUCCUAAUCCAAUGGGUGUUGCUAUUUAUGGCUCCAAAGUUUAUUGGGUGGAUCGAAAUCUUCGCUCUAUUUACAGAGGUGACAAAAAUCCAGGAAACGAUUCAAAAGUAGAAUCCAUUAGAGCUGACAUGGAUACUUUGCGAGACAUUGUUAUCUUUGAUAGCAAGAAUCAGCCAUCUGCUCCAGAUUCACCAUGUGCCUCUCAUUCAUCUGCAAAAUGUGAGCAAUUAUGUUUUGCAAUGCCUGAUACUUAUACUAACAAGACUUUCAAGUGUGCUUGUUCUUCGGGUGUUCUACAACCUGAUGAAAGAAAAUGUGGAGAUUUGAAGGAAUACAUUGUUUUUACUACAAGAAAAGAAAUAAGGAGUUUGCAUCUGGAUCCAAAAGUAACAAGCAUUCCGUUCCCACCCAAGACUAAUUUAUCAAAUGUUGUUGGACUUGAUUUUGACUAUAAGGAUAAAAGAAUUUUCUUUACUCAAAUACGUCCUGAUGGCAGCAUAUCAUGGGCUAAUCUUGAUGACAUGAAUAAAGUGAAUGUCAUUCUAAACAAGGGGAUAAAUCCUGAAGGUAUAGCAUAUGAUUGGACAAGGCAGAAAAUUUAUUGGACAGAUUCUGGUAAUCGUAGUAUAUAUGCCAUGAAUAUGGAUGGCUCAUACAUUGUAAUGAUUACUCGUGUGGAGAGACCCAGAGCUUUAGUACUUGAUCCCUGUGAAGGAUAUAUGUAUUACACUGAUUGGGGACGAUUUGGAAAUGCUGGCAAAAUCUUCAAGGCUACAAUGGGUGGAAACAACAAAAUAGCUAUACAUGACACCAAUCUUACUCAACCUAGCGGUUUAGCUAUUGACUAUGAUGACAGAAAGUUGUACUGGACAGAUGCUUUAAGAGAAAAGAUUGAAAGAUCAGAUUUGGAUGGGUCAAAUAGAGAAGUGUUGGUUUCUGCAACAAUUUAUCCAUUUGCUAUAACGGUGUUUGGAAAAUAUAUUUACUGGACAGAUUUGCAAUUAAGAGGUGUGUAUCGAGCUGAAAAGCAUACCGGAGCUGGUAUGAUUGAUAUGGUAAAAAGGUUGGAAGAAUCCCCUCGAGAUAUACAUAUAUUUGCACCUGAUCGACAAGCAUGUACUAAUGAUCCUUGCAAAACCAAUAAUGGAGGUUGUGCUCAUUCUUGCCAUCAAGCACCAAAUGGUACUGUUGAAUGUUUAUGUCAAAAGGGAUUUAAAGUUGUCAAUGAAGGUCGAAUGUGUGCAGCUGAAAAUGUAACAUGUAGUGACAGUAAGUUUACUUGUGGAAAUGGAAAAUGCAUUCCUCGCUUGUGGGCUUGUGAUGGUGAUGAUGAUUGUGGUGACAAUACUGAUGAAGAUUCUAAAUUUUGUGCUCUUCAUACCUGUAGUCCUGAUUUAUUCCGGUGUGGUGUAGGUCGAUGCAUUUUUAAGACUUGGAGGUGUGAUCAUGAAAAUGACUGUGGAGAUGGAACUGAUGAAAUGGAUUGUGAAUAUCCUUCAUGUGCUGAUGGAGAGUUCACUUGUGCCAACUUCCGUUGUAUCCCUAAGAGUCAGCUGUGUAAUGGGAUCAAUGAUUGCAAGGACAACAAAACAUCUGAUGAAAGCUUAGAGCAUUGUCAGAAAAACAGAACAUGCCCUGGAAAUCAUAUCAAAUGCAAUUUAACUAAUAUUUGUGUUGAACCUUACUGGCUGUGUGAUGGAGAUAAUGAUUGUGGAGAUAAUUCUGAUGAAAAUCCAGCUUUAUGUGCUCAAAGAACUUGCCCACCCAACAGUUUCAGGUGCUCAAGUCACAGAUGCAUCCCAGCUACUUGGUAUUGUGAUGGCGAUGACGAUUGUGGUGAUGGUGCUGAUGAACCUGAAGAAUAUUGUAAGAGUGAAAAGAAAACUUGUUAUGGUGACUUAUUCACUUGUGACAAUGGAAAUUGUGUUCCUAGAAUUUAUAUUUGCGAUGGAGAUAAUGACUGUUUGGAUAAUUCUGAUGAGGAUACUCGUCACCAAUGUGAAACCAGAGAAUGUGAUCCUGAAAAAGAAUUCACAUGCCCACAAAAUAAACAGUGGGGUCGAGCCUCUUGUAUACCAAAACGCUGGGUUUGUGAUGGAGAUCCCGAUUGUGUUGAUGGUGCUGAUGAAAAUAGUACAAUUCAUAACUGUCCUCCUCCUGAGCCAUGUGAAAACAAUCAAUUUCAGUGUGAUAAUAGAAGGUGCAUCAAUAAAGAAUGGGUUUGUGAUCAUGAUAAUGACUGUGGAGAUGGAUCUGAUGAACCAAAAAAUUGCACUUUCCGAGCCUGUACUGAUGAAGAAUUUACUUGCCGCAAUGCAAAAUGUAUUCGUAAGAUGUAUCACUGUGAUGGCGAAGAUGACUGUGGUGAUGGGAGUGACGAACUGGCCAAAGACUGUGCUUCAGAAACUCCAACAUGUUCUGGUGCUCAGUUCAGAUGCAAAGGUGGUCAAUGUAUUCCCUAUGAGCGAGUCUGCAACAAGCAAAUUGAUUGUGAGGAUGGUUCUGAUGAGCCAGCUCAUUGCCACAUUGAUGAAUGUGCCAAAGUUGAAACAAAUCAAUGUGAACACAAGUGUGUCAACACUCUUACUGGCUUCUAUUGUGAAUGCAGUGAAGGAUAUGAAUUGGCCAAGGAUGGAAAAGCAUGUAAAGAUAUCAAUGAAUGUGUUGUGAAGCCUGAAGUAUGCUCACAAUAUUGUUUCAAUACACCUGGCUCUUACUAUUGUAAAUGUAAUGAUACAUAUUAUGAAAGAGAAACUGAUGGACGUACCUGCAAGAGGAAAGAUAAUACUGAACCAUGGGUUAUCUUCACAAAUAGAUAUUACCUUCGCAACAUGAGUAUUGAUGGCAGUCAGUAUAGUCUAAUAAAGAUGGAUUUAAGAAAUGUAGUUGCUUUGGAUUUUGAUUAUUUAGAAAGUAGGCUUUAUUUCUGCGACGUUGGAAACAAGACAAUAAGUCGUAUUUUUAUUAAUGGUACUGGAGAAGAAACGCUUAUAAAACAUGAUACUCAAGGUCUAGAAGGAUUAGCUGUUGAUUGGAUUGGAAGGAAAAUCUACUGGCUUGAUCGAACAUCUAAACAACUUGAUGUUGCUGAAUUGGAUGGCACGAGCAGAAAAACUUUACUAACGCAUGGAAUAUCUGAUCCUAGAGCAAUUGCAGUUCAUCCUGGUAUUGGGUAUCUUUAUUUUACUGAUUGGGGUCAUCAUGCAUAUAUUGCUCGUAUGGGAAUGGAUGGCACCAAUUUUUCACGUAUUGUACUGUAUGAAAAUAAACUAGUAUGGCCUAAUGCACUGACCAUCGAUUAUUUCAGCAAUAAAAUAUUCUGGGCUGAUGCACAUUUGGACUAUAUUGAAUUUGCAGACUUUGAUGGAAAGAAUCGACAUCAAGUGUUGGCAGGCAACUCUGUACCACAUGUAUUUGCCAUCUCUGUAUUUGAUAACUAUAUUUACUGGACUGAUUGGAACAUGAAAGGCGUUUAUAGAGCUGACAAAUUUACUGGUGAAGAUUUGCAAGUUCUCCGAAAUACAUCUCAUAGGCCUUAUGAUAUUCACAUCUAUCAUCCAUUGCGCCAACUGCCUUAUACUAAUCCUUGUGGACGAAAUAAUGGUGGAUGUUCAAAUCUCUGCCUUAUUGCUCCAGGAGGUCAGUCGUACACUUGUGCUUGCCCAGAUAACUUUGUAUCAAUACAGAAAUUCUACUUGGAAGAUUCAUCCAAUCCAGCUACUUGCCUUCCUAAUUGUACAGCUGGUCAACAUAGGUGUGAGGGCAGAGACUCAAGGUGCAUUCCUAUUUAUUAUCGCUGUGAUGGCAACAAAGAUUGUAGGGAUGGAUCUGAUGAAGCUGGCUGUCCACCUUUUGUUUGCAAACCAGGACAAUUUCAAUGCCGUAACAACCAAAGCUGCAUUUCUCGAAUCCGUAUCUGCGAUGGCACUGCUGACUGUAGUGACAAAUCUGAUGAAGAGUUUUGUGUUCAUGAUUGUGGAGAACAUGCCUUCAAAUGUAAAAGUACUGGUCGCUGCGUGUCUGAAGCAUGGCAUUGUGAUGGAGAUGAAGACUGCCCUGAUGGUUCUGAUGAAGAUCCAGCUCUAUGUCAUAAAAAAGAAUGCGAUCCUGAGACACAAUUCAAGUGUAACAAUGGCAAAUGUAUACCGAAACUGUGGUAUUGUGAUUUUGAUGACGAUUGUGGCGAUAAUUCUGAUGAACCAUCUCAUAGAUGCAGAAACAGGAACUGUACAACAGGAUGGCGAAAGUGCCCAACAGUCGGCAAUUAUCGUUGUAUUCCUAGUUGGCUGUUCUGUGAUGGAAAGGAUGACUGUCGAGAUAAUUCUGAUGAAACGGAUCCUGUCUACUGUCCUAAGUGUCAUCAAGCAGGUGACUUUGAAUGCAAGAACAAAAGAUGCAUACCUCUGCGGUGGCGAUGCGACUUUGAGGAUGAUUGUGGGGAUAAUUCAGAUGAAGAUCCAAGCAUCUGUACUGAAUUAUAUCGUGAGUGUACUGAAAGUGAAUUCCAGUGUAAAAAUAAAAAAUGCAUCCCCAUGCGUUGGCGUUGUGAUCAUGAUGACGAUUGUGAUGACGGAUCUGAUGAGGAAGGUUGCUUAACUUAUGAAUGUGCAUCUGAGCAAUUUAAGUGCAAUAGUGGCCACUGUAUUGCUAGUCGUCUAAAAUGUGAUGGCAAUAAGGACUGUAGUGAUGUAUCAGAUGAAAUUGGAUGUCCUCCAAGAUUCCCAGAUGGAAGAUAUUGUCAAGAAAAUAUGUUCCAGUGUAAUAACACAGUUUGUAUACGUCGAGAUUUCCUGUGCGAUGGAGAUGACGAUUGUGGUGAUGGAUCUGAUGAAAAACCAGAUAUGUGUGGUGGUAUUGCUUGUGAUGUUAGCCAUAAAUUCCAGUGUGCGAACCAUCGUUGCAUUAUGAUUUGGGAUAUAUGUAAUGGUAGGGAUGAUUGUGGUGAUGGUUCAGAUGAAAACAACCAUACUAUGUGUGAGCAACCUCCAGUAACUUGCUCAUCUGAUGAAUUCAAGUGCCUUACUGAAAAAUGUAUUCCAUUGACUGAAGUAUGCAAUUUAGAAGAUGAUUGUGGUGAUCUUUCUGAUGAACGUGGUUGCCAUCUUGGCACAUGUGAUAAUGUUAGACGAGGAGGUUGUCAACAUAAUUGCACAUCUUUGACUGGUGGAGGUUACAUCUGUGUAUGUCCUAAAGGUUAUAAAGUUAGCCAUGAAGAUGCGAAAAUAUGUGUUGAUGUUGAUGAAUGUGCCAAAUUUGGUCACAACUGCUCUCAAAUUUGCAUAAAUACAGAAGGCUCUUACCAAUGUUCAUGUAAUUAUGGAUACGAGUAUUACGGAGGACAUUGUGCUGCAAAUGGUGCUCCACCAAUACUUAUGUAUGCAUCUAGUUCUGAAGUAAAAGCAUUCCAGUUUACAAUGGAUCAUCAGUUUGAUUUCAUAACAGGCGAAAGCAGGAUUCAGUCAAUUGAUUAUGAUGUAAAUAAAGGUAUAUUGUAUUGGACAGAUACUUCUGAAAAAACAAUAAAACGAUCCUUCAUUCCUGAUAUUAUGUAUCCAGAUGAACUGACUGGUUAUCCACAAAAUCUGGAUCUUAAAGGGUUGACUAAGCCAUCUGCUUUGGCUGUUGAUUGGGUUAGUGGUCAUUUAUAUUGGAUGGAUACUGAUCUUUCAAGUACAAGACCCAAAGGUCGAAUAUUUGUCAGUGAACUAGAUGGCCGCUACCGACAUGCAAUUGUCACCUAUGGUCUAGAACAACCCACAUCUUUAGCUUUAGAUCCAGAAUAUGGCUUCAUGUAUUGGACAGAUGCAGGUAUUGCUCCCAAAAUAGAAGGCUCAUGGAUGGAAGGUAGUAAGCGUAAAAUAUUAGUCAGUGAUCGUCUUGGGUAUCCUACUGGCAUCACAAUAGAUUAUGCUGGAGGCCAUCGAUUAUAUUGGUGCGACACUAAACUGGAUACCAUUGAAACUGUUAAAAUGGAUGGAGCAGACAGAGUAACAGUUCUUUCAGGUCUUAACCAUCCAAUAUCAUUAGAUCUUUUUGAAGACCAUGUAUACUGGCUAACUAGAGAUUCUGGUGAAAUCUGGAAAAAUGACAAAUUUGGUCGAGGAGUCAAAGUCAGAGUUAGACGUGGCAUUGAAGUGCCAACAGCUGUCAAAAUAUACCAUCCACUUCGAUAUAAUACAUCUGUUAAAAACCGUUGUCCCGAGGAUGCCUGCUCUCAUCUUUGCUUGCUCAUUCCUGGUGGAUAUCGAUGUGCCUGUCCUGAUGGUUCUCCUAUGUCUGUCCUUGGAGUUGUGUCAUGCAAUGCUGGAUUUGAAACACCCAAACCUCAGCCUUAUCGCUGUCCUUGUAAAAAUGGAGGACAUUGUCAUGCAGAUGAAAACAAUAAAGUAAACUGUCUCUGUGCUGAGAAUUUCAGUGGCAUACAUUGUGAAGAGUAUUCUCCUACUAACGAAGCUCAUUCUCAUGUACAAGGUGGAAGUGUUGCUGCAAUUGUCAUCCCCAUUUUCGUAAUAUUACUUGUACUCCUUGUUGGUGUGUUCGUCUUUUACUUAUUUAAGAAACGCCAUUUAAAACCUGGUGGUUUUGGUGGCAGCAAUCAGAGUGUGUCAUUUAGAAGUGGAACAAAUGUAGAGUUCUCUCCCACUUUUAUGGGUAGAAAUGGACCUGCUGAAACUAUGACAGAGGAACCUCUUGAUACACAUUUCAAUCUUGGUGACUUCGACAAGCCCACCGAUUUCAGUAAUCCCAUGUAUGACGUAAUAGGCACGACACAGAAUGAUAAAAAUUCACAACUGUACGAAGUGCCGUCUGAGGCCAAAGCAGCUGAAAAGACCAAAUCAUCUCCAGCUGUUUUGCAACUAAGAAAAACUGCUUUGGAUCCUAUGACAGUAGAUACAGAUAAGGAUACUGCACAACUAGUUGUAGAAGACAAAUCUGAGUGUUGACAUGUGGACCAUUUGAAUAUGUUUUAAAAAAUAGUGAGUUGAAAAGCAACGAAUAUGCUAAAUGUUCCAGAGUAUUUUUUUUGACCAGUGGCUUGUAAAUAGCGACAUAAUCCAUUCCAAUUUCCUAUGAUGCACGGAUGUGUGGAUAAUGUAAAGUACAAUAUACAGCUUUAUAUGAAAGGGAAGUGUACAGUCAACUACCACAAUUUGUGUUUUAGGAAUAUACAGCUGCUAGCUGUGGAUAUGACUUUUUAUCAUUGUUUUCCUGAUUUUUUAGGAAUUAUUUCAAAACUUCCGAGAUUGGAAUAUUUUACAUUCUAAAUCUUCAAAGUUUGGACAUCAUUUAGCUGUACAUAUGUGUUUACUUCUUUAGGAUUUUUUAAAGGAGAUAUCUGCUGUAUGCAUUUAUAUGUAAAAAAUGAAAAAAGUAGGAUUUUUAAUAUAUACUUUUUUGGUUGUGACAUAACAUUUUACUUAAAAUUGCUGUCUUAAAUAAUAUUCAAAUUUUUUUAGAGAAAAGGGAUUUUUUUUUAAUGUAUGACUGAUACAAAAUAUGUAUGACUGAUACAAAAGAAAAUCAAAAUCAUUUUAUAAGUGUUGAAGCUUAGUGUUGUAGCUUUUCCUUGAAUUUAGCUAAUAAGAAUCCCUUAAAGUGGAUGUUAAAAUGAAUUUUAAAAUUUUAAUUGUGUGUUUUAAUUAAUUAUGUCUGAAUUUUUGCCUUGAAUGUUUUUAAAAUUUUCGUUUUGUUUUAAGUUUACACAUUCCACUUUAAUUUUUUUUAAUCACAUUAUAAAGUUGUACAUUUGUAGUAUGUAAUAUGGAGCUAUUUGUUUACACUACUAACACUAAGAGGGUAUAAUACUCAUAUAGCAUUUAUAUUAAUAGUUUUAAGAAACAAGAAUCUCGUAAAUGACAGUGUGCUUUUUCUUUAUACAAUGCAAAUUUUGCUGCAGAAAUCAUAAUGAUAUAUCAGAUUAUAUCCAUCUUCUUACAGUAAAAAUGCUCAUAUGAAGUGAGGAUUCAUUUGUAGCUUAUUCCCAGUAGAUCUGGGUCGGUGAAUAUGAUGGAAGUCUUUCAUAGUAGAUCGUAUAAGCAUCGACUAUAUAAAUGCAGUUCAUUAUUGUUGAGUGUUUUGAUGGGCGUUUUAUGUGUCAUCUAUUACAUGAUAAAGGUUGUAGUAUUAAAUAUUUUAAGGUGUUUUUAGUUUGGUGAUGAUAAUAAAAAUUAAUGUUUUUAGAAUCAAGAAAGUAUGCAUUUGAAAAUUGAGGGAAAAACAAUUAUUGCAAAUUUUUCUUUUAUGUUCUCUUGACAAAGGCUUUAAAAAUUAAGCUUUUUGCCCCUCUGCCUUCUUUGUGCAUGUCAAUUUUCUGUGAUAAUUUAAUUAGGUGUUGUUGUUUUUUUAAUAAUUUUCUCUUUAGUCUGUUUUAUUAGAUAAUGGAUUUUUUUAAAGUGCCAUUAGGUUUUAAGGAUGUAUCUAAAAUCGGAAUUCAAUGACCUGAUUCAGAUUUUAAAUUUUGUCUCGUACUUGCAGUCAUUUUUUUUUUUUAUGUGCUUUGACUUUUACAACUAAAAUCCUUUUUUUUUUUUAUUUUGUAAAGUAGAUUCGUAAAUCAGUAUUAUUGUAAUUUCGAGAAAUUUUAUUUUUUAAUAGGAGUUGUGGAAAUCUCUAUAAAAUAAACAGGGCAUUAAUUAAAAAUUUGAUUCUUAAAUAUUUAUUAUUAAAUUUUGAUAGUAAAAAUAUAAUUGUAAAGAUAAAAUUAUUCAAAUAACUGUUAAACUAUUUAAAAUUAAAUUAUGCAUUUUUAUGUGAUAUUAGAUUCAACUUUCCACUCUAAUGCACCUAUUAUACUGAAAGUAAAUUCAUUAACUAUUCAGUGCAUUUAGUUAAUCACUUUAUUGAUAAUAAUUUAAAAAUAAAAAUUCAGUUUUUUUUUGUGAAUGUUGGAUCAUAAAUCAAAGAAAAAGAAUUCCCUCUCAAUUAAUUUGACAAAUAUGUAAAAGCAACCUAUUUAAAUGUGCAUUUAAUUUUCAUUUCACAUUUAUUUUGUUAAUAUUUGCUCAUAAUCUCUUGCAAAAAAAAAAUCAAAAUGUUGUAUUCUGUCAGAUUUUAUGUUGUGAUUUUGAGAGAAAAAAAAUUGUGUGUGAUAUAUAUUGAAAUAUUUUAUCAAUAUUGUUUUGUCUUGUCCUUUCUGUAAAUGUGUGCAAGACUCAGUGAAUUUGCAAGAAACUGGAGUACCAUCAUAUAUUAUAAUGGCAGCUGCAUUUUAAGCCGUCCAUUUAUUAUAUCAAAACGUUUAAAUAGUGCUUCCACAUUCCAUCUCAAAGUAUAUACUCAUUCUCAUCAUUAAAUGAUGGUGAGGUUUAGAAAUAAUAAUUUUAAAAAUGUGAAAUAUCAUAUAAUGCUGCAUUGGUUUUCAUUUUUAUGCAAAGGAUUAAUUUGUUUUUCCAUUUCUCUACAUUCAAUCAAUGAUUCAAGGCUAGUUUUGUCACAAAGUAGAGAUAUUCACCAUUCAAGUGUCCUUUUUGAAUAUUUUCCGGGUUAUAGUGAAAGCCUUUGUAAUGUUGAAAAUAUUCCUCAUUAAAGAAAUAUAUUUUAAUA